AUGUCCUUUCUCUCGCCCACGCUGCGCCUGGAGAAUCUAUCCACGCAGCCCAUCAUGACGCAGGAUCAUGUGCCGGAGGACCAGCGUUAUAACAAGCAGAACAUAGUGGCCCAAUGGUGUGUGCCCAUCAAUGGCAAGAUGUACCGCAUCGAGCUGGAACACGGCACCACCAGUGGGCGGCGCAUGAUUUGGGUCAACGGACGGGAGGUCCUUCGUCGCGACUGGAUGUUCAAACUGGUUGGCGAGGACACCUUUCACAUCGAUCAGACCCGCUGCAUUAUACGCGUGGAUCCGGCGCCGGGGUUUAAGUACGAAUACUCACUGUACAUUGAUGGCAAGUCACACGAACUAUACACAGACGAGAUGACAAGGCAAUAUCGACUGUGGCUCUACACAGGCAAUGCGGCAGAUGCGGAGGCGACGACAACGACGGGGGCGGCGCAGGAAUACAGGAUAAUGCUUAAACUGGACACGCUGAGUCUCUUCGUCAACGAUGAGCUGCGAACCGAGGAGUCAGUUUUCGUUCACGGCGGCACAGACACCAAGUUCCUGCUACAGGACACGGAAUUCGUGCUCCAGGCACGCUCAAGUGGCAAUAAACAUGAUGGCAUUGUUCACACUCUGCUGGCCAAUGGGGUGGCAGUUCCGGAGGCGAAGAUACAAGAGAUUAUGCAAGAGCCGGUCUCCAUACUGCAGACCAACUGAUGAAGGGAGGCCUCCCCCUCUCAGGCAUUUGUUAACUUUUCCCCCUACGAGAUAUACGUUUUGUUAAUAAAACCUUUUAAAAAGAGUUUAUAAAUUAAUAAAAAAACAAAGAGUUUGUUCUUAUACAAUA